AUGAGUGUAAAGCAGGUUCUACGUGGCCGCGUGAAGGGACUUCUGAAGGAGAACAUGAGGGCAUUCAAUACUCCCGUGACGAUGUCUCAGACUUUUGAACUGGAUGUUGUAUUAAAGACGAUGGCAUUGCUACUUUUCUAUGUUAUAGUUUUACUUUUGAACAUGUUUGAUUUUUCAUUGGGAAUCAUAUAUAAUAAUAAAGGGGAUAUGGAGAGACACUUUGCUUGUGCUAGCCAAGGUUUCCCCAAAAAGAAUGAAAUAAUCAAGUUGUAUCUUUUCUCAGAUGACUUGAAAAUCCGGUGUUUUUUUCAAUCUGACAGCGAGUUUACUUCAAAGGAAUUUCUAAAUGUGUUCACCUCCAGAGGACUUGCUCCCAGCUUGGGAAUCAUAAACAGUACAUAUACCGGCAUCUUCCACUUCAAUUUAACUUUGUUCAGUGAUCGAGUUUACUGGUUGAUUGUUAUUCCCAGAGAAAACAUUACAAAAAACACAGAUGUUGCAGCUGUAGAAGAAUGGCUAGUAAGAAUUACUUUACAACAUGGAUUAAAUACUUAUACUACUGAAGGAACGCUAUUGGAUAGAGUCCGAGAACCUAUUCUUCAGUGGAAUCUCGGGACUCUAAUAACAAAAAAGGACCUCAGAAAAUUGUAUCCACAUGUGGUGGGCAUGAAAAUAACAAAAUGCCCGUGUGCCAACGAUGUAGCGUUGCUUGGCUUACUUUUGAAUUCCAAGCUGGAUGGUGUUUACCUAGGCCUCAGCUUUUCUGGAUUUGGGGAUUAUGACAAUACUCUGUGGUAUAACCUGACGGGCACGAUCUAUUCCCACGUGGGAGAAGAACACACGGAGCUCACAGUGGUGGAUUUGGUUUUAACAAACCAUUUCUUAGUCAUCCUCACCUCUUUGGGACUUUUUAUAAGUGGAGAUCUUCGUCAGCCAUCAACCCCUGUCCUAAAGUUUUCAAGGGCAGACUUUUGUGGUUUCGAAAGGGUUGACUAUGUCAAAGGAAAAUUGUGGUAUAACGAAAGAUGUUUUGCUAACAGAGAACACUUUGAAGUUGACUAUAUUACUAUCACCUUUGAGAGAAACAAGACUUUAAGUGAGGCAAGCUCUUGUUUUUAUAGCAGAGAGCCAUUUUUUGAAUGGUUACCUUGCUUACCUCAGCUUCCAAAAGGAAUGAAGACUAUCUCUUCAAGUAUAAUAACAUUUCUUAUUGACCAAGAGUGUGGUUCCGGAGUCUACCUCUUAAACAACCAGGUAGGCCCUGCAACCACUGCCUCUGUACACAUCCUAGAAAUGAACAAACCAAGAAUAAAACAAAAAUUUCCAGUCUUUACGUUUCCUUCAUCAUUCUCUUCUCCUGUUGGAAUGGUGUUCCAUCCACGAAGCCAUUUUCUGUACGCCUAUGGCAAUCAGGUAUGGCUUUCAAUCGAUGGUGGCAACACUUUUGAAUUAUUAGCUGACUUUCAUGAUGAUAUCAUAAGGAAUACUUAUCAUAGUUUCUAUACUUCCGAUAUUACUUUGGUUUCCCAAAGUGGAAAGGUUUACUUGACGAAGGCAGGAUUAGAAAUAUAUAGUAAGAUUGGAUCUAUCACUGAUAAAAUUUUCACGUUAUACUUUGACCACAUGGGAUUCAUACAUAAACUGACUCCAGACCGUUUUGAAGCUGGUGGGUCACUUGCGGCCUUUGGAAAUUCUAAAGGUAUUUUUGGACAGGCUGCUGAUAUGGGCUUUGAGACUGCACUUGCCCCCCAGUAUAUCACCAUAAAUGAAAUGAUCUUUUAUGCAUACGUGCCCGCAAACGAACCUAAGGAAAGUACAUACACCAAGAAAUUCAGCAACAUUCAUUUGGGAAAAGUGCUCCAUUCCAGGAAAACGGGAAAAGCUCACAUAAAAAAGAUACUGCAACACAACACUCCUGAAGGAUUUUUGUCUGCAGCUAUUACAGAAAUAAUGGAACUUUUUGGAAUAGAAGAUGAGAGUGGGAGCCCUUGUUUGUCGAGUGCCCUUUCCAUUAAUCCAGAUGGAAAUUUCUAUAUGCUUACUCUUCAAACGCCAAGUGUAGUUUCCUCAUUCCAAGAUUCGGAUGUAGAGAAGACUGUGGUGAUUCCUGGUUACAGCAGCUUCCUGAUCACGAGCAUUAUAGAUGCUAAGAAUGCUUUAGCUAUUGCUACCAUGCCUCGACUAGUACCCAAGCAUAAGACUUUUGUAAAAGGUUCCUGGUUCUUAUACAACUUUGGACAAAGGAAUGGACGAACAUGGGAGAUAUAUGCAAAACCAUGUGAUUAUUUGUUUCAGCAGCAUGAUGAUUCACUAUCCCUCAGUGUCCUGAAAUACAUUGAUCUGGGGAAAUCUCAGGCUUUAAAAGUUAAGGUCAUACCUAGUUCAAAAGGUUUUCGAACACUUGAGAAACCACUAUUGAAAGUGAUUGUCGGAAACCCAGCUUUGUUGGACGUUAAAGCUGAAGGCUCUUUUGAUAAUAUUGAUAGUUACCUAAUGGAAAUUUCUGUAGCUAGCAAUGCUGUACUUCAAGGUUCAACUUCACUGGCAUUUAUUGUCUGGGGAGCAUCGACUGACUGCUCUGUUACAACAUUUGUGCCAACAUUGAAAAGCAGCUGUAGUUAUCUCAAGUCUAUACAUCACAUUCCUAGUGAAUUUAUCCCUUUGGAAGAUUGGAUCAGUGGAGUUCACGAAGACAGUCAGGGUUUUAAUAUGAUCAAAACUUUGCCGGUAAACUACAGGCCUCCAUCUAAUAUGGGACUUGCCAUUCCACUUACAGAUAAUUUUUAUCAUGCAGAUCCCAGCAAACCCAAACCAAGAAAUCUAUUUCACAAGUCAAAGAAAUCUGGUAAAUACAAACAGUGUGCUAAUGCGUCUACUCGGGCGGACUGUAAUUGCACAAGUGAUCAGAAGUUUUCGUAUGCUGUUGCUUUCUCAGAUUGCAGAGAAAAGGUUCCUCGUUUUAAGUUUCCAAUUACACACUAUCCAAUUUCUUUGGAAAUUCGCAGCGAGGACGGACACAUGCCAGUGGAAACUCCAUAUCUGGUUACUGUGAUAGAAGUGAAUAGGAGGAAAAACUGGGAACUCAAACACACUGUACCAGAAAAUGUAAAAAAACUGAAAUAUUACUUAGAAUCUAUUCUUCAUGUUCCAGUAUAUAAUCCUUCAGGCCUCAACUUAAGCAUAAUGGGCUCUGAGCUUUUUCACUUCAGAGUGACCGUUGUUCCGGGGGUCAGUUUUUGUAACUUAGUUGAAGAAUUUCAGAUCUACAUCGACGAAGUACCGUUGCCAUUUCCAGGACAUGCACUUAUUGCCGUUGCAACCGCCGUGGUGCUAGGGGGGUUAAUUUUUAUAGCAUUUAUGUUUCAAAUACGUAAUAUCCACCUAUCGGAUAUAGUACCCAAAUUUCACUAG